AUGGAUGGUUUGCCGCCCUGUUUUGCUGCCUUGAGGACUUUUACCAGUUCGAAGUUGUCUCUGCUUGUGGAAACCCCGAGGGCCCAGCACUGUGUGAAGCACGAACCUCACGGCCGUGACCUGGGAGCGCUGAGGCGAUGGCGGGGCCGCGCGCGCGCUUCUCCCUCACGGGCGGGGGCCGCACUGCGCAUGCUCCGAACUAACGGGCCCGGCGGAACCCCCGUGAGCAACGGCCCCGCCGCCGUGAGUGAGCGCGGCCGCACUGAGGGCCGGGCUGCGCUGUGGCGGGGCCGUGGCUGUCUCCCGAUUCGCUGCCGCCAUGAGGGGCGGGGCGAAGGGGCGGGGCGGGGCUGGCGCUCGGCCGCGCCCCCGUGUCUGUGGCGGCCGCCCGAGCGCGGCGGCGGCGGCGGCGGCAGGCGGAAGAUGGCGGCGGCCGCGGCGGCGGCGCUGCGGGCCUGGUUCUGGAACGAGCGCUUCUGGCUCCCUCACAACGUAACGUGGGCGGACCUGGCCGGCGAGGCGGGCCCGCCGGGCAGCGGGCUGCAGUACCCGCGGGCCGCUCACGUCCUCUCCGCCUUCCCGCUGGCGCUCGGCAUCUUCGCCGUGCGGUUGCUCUUCGAGAGGUUUAUUGCCAAGCCAUGUGCCAUAAACCUUGGCAUUCAGGACAGUGGACCUCACAGAGCCCAGCCCAAUGCAAUUUUAGAGAAAGUGUUUACAUCCAUCACUAAGUCUCCAGAUGGAAAAAGGUUAGAAGGCUUGUCCAAGCAGCUGGACUGGGAUGUCCGAAAGAUCCAGCGCUGGUUUCGGCAUCGGAGGAACCAGGACAAACCCACCACCCUCACUAAAUUUUGUGAGAGCAUGUGGAGAUUUACAUUUUAUUUAAGUAUAUUUUUUUAUGGAAUCAGGUUUCUCUGGACGGCACCCUGGUUUUGGGACACACGACAGUGCUGGUACAACUACCCUUUCCAGCCUCUAACAUCCAGGCUUUAUUAUUACUAUAUCUUGGAGCUGGCCUUCUACUGGUCCCUCAUGUUUUCUCAGUUUACAGACAUUAAACGAAAGGACUUCCUGAUCAUGUUUGUCCAUCACUUGGCCACGAUUGGGCUCAUCACGUUCUCGUACAUGAAUAACAUGGUGCGAGUUGGAACUCUGGUGCUGUGCCUCCACGAUGCUUCAGAUUUCCUCCUGGAGGCUGCAAAACUGGCCAAUUAUGCCAAGUACCAGCGUUUGUGUGAUGCUUUCUUCAUGCUCUUUGGGGUUGUGUUCAUCGUGACCCGGCUGGGCAUUUACCCCUUCUGGAUUUUGAACACAACCCUGUUUGAAAGCUGGGAGUUGAUCGGUCCCUACCCUUCCUGGUGGCUUUUCAACGGGCUCCUGGUGACCCUGCAGGUCCUGCACGUCAUCUGGUCUUACCUCAUCAUCCGCACGGCCUCCAAGGCCCUGGUGAGGGGCAAGGUGUCCAAGGAUGACCGCAGUGACGUGGAGAGCAGCUCUGAGGAGGAGGAUGUGACUUCCAACAGCACGAAAGGAAUUCUCAGCACUUCCAGUAACGGUUCCAAUCGCCUCAAUGGCCACGUGGCUGGCAGCCAGUGGACAGGAGAGGAGUAAGGGCCUGGGCUGGCCAUGAGCAAACACGAACUUCUCUUUCAAUAUCUAGUUGUGUUGAGCUCCACAUUCCCAAGUGAUCUUUAAUCAAAAACCCCUUCCCCAGAAACCUCCAGCAGACCCGAAAUGGGCACAACCCUGACCAGUCAGAGGCUUUGCACGGCACAAGGGAUGAAGCCAACGACCGGGGCAAAAACAAAGCUGCAGAUUUCACUUCAAGCCAUUUUGUACUUCAAUAAGUACAAAGAAAACACCCCCGAGUCCUGUUUGAUCUUUGCAGAGGUGUCUUUGUUUGUGACAAACUGGCUUUUACUGGCAUCAGCUCAAGGCAGAGCAGGUUUGGACCGCAGGGUUCGGUGCCACUCAGUGACGGUUCGGUGCCGGCAGGUGCAGCAGCUCUCGAUGCACUCCAGAAGCCACUUCAGAGCACAGAGAACGCAGGUUCCGUGUCCCAGCUGCCCUGGGGGAGGCAGAGACUGCUCCCAGCCGAGCUGUGAACUGUGCUAACCCCGGAACCACUGCUCUGCCUCACCCCAGGGUGCUCAUCUCUGCUGUCACCAGGGACCAGACCAGCAUCUGCUGCCUCUUUUGGUGCUGCAAACCCCUCUGAAGUCUUGACCAAAGCCUUCUGCAAGGGGGUUGGGGGGGGUGGUUUAUUGCCCCUGAGACAACCAGCAUAAUCCAGGCCUUUUAAAUUUUCUUCCUGUUGCAAAUUGUGGUUUUGAAGACUUAUCUACACCUACUGGAUUCAGUUAGCUAAGCUGGGAUCAGAGGGAGGAUCAGAACUGGUGGGCUGGGUUUAACUCUCCAAAAAAUGAGAUGUUUUGGUCCUGUACUCUGAGACAAAUGAUUGUUGCUGCUCUGAUGUUAGAGCUGUGGAGGAACCCGGGGCUGGAAGAGCAGCCACACUGUGGGCUUUGCUUCUCUUUUUUUACUCAAUGGUACUUGGGGGCAAUGGAACGGUCAAUCAGGAGCAGAAUUUUGGAAACUUCUCAAGUUUGUUACCAUUUUAUACUGUUGUUUACUCUUAUCUCCAAUUAAAAGUUGCUUCAAAAA